AUGGACAUAUUGGCCCACGCGCUGACAGAGCUCAACAGCGGCCGGCUGCCGGCGUUCUGCGCAAAAUUCAAGGUGUCCUUCAGCGCGGGCUCGGCCGACGACGCCGGCGCUGCCUCUAGGCCUGCGCUGGACGACUCGCGCCGGGACGCUCGCGUCGUCAUCGAGAACAUCAUGGAGGAGGCCCCGCGACGCUCGUCGGACCCGCUGUCGGCGGUGGGCGAUUGCCUGCUCCGUUCAUCGGCGCGCAAGAAGAGUGAGACCCGCACCAACUCGAUCGUGCUCAGCACGGCGCGCAGACUCUGCCGCAGGGGUUCGGGAGCCAGCCCGUACGCUGAAGGACACCUUGACGUCAAUGCCUCGCCGCUGAAAGAGUCCCGGGACAAGGCCCAUUUCGACAAAGGGGAGGGCGCCCAACAUGGCGAGCCGCUCCACCUGGACCCGGCAGGCACGUCGGGCUCGUUCGAGUCGGUCGGCGACCACGAGCCUCUCUGCUCGCACCGCGACUACGUGCUCCACUCAAAGGCUGUGUUCGAGACCUACUGGAAGGGAAACCUGCACAACAUACACGACGUGCUCAAGGAGCUCACCGAGAGGGGCUCCGCCGAACUCGGCUGGAAGCGGCAGGGAAAGCUCCACGAGUUUACCAAGGCGGUGACUCGUGUCUGGCAGCGCGUGGGGGAGCAGGUGUCGACCAACGCGAGCGAAGUGCUCUCCCAUUUGGACAACCACCACAGUGGUGCACCGUCAAGACCGGACUUCCUAGCACACGAGCUGCUGCCCCUGCUGCUGCGCAUGCGCGAGGUCUGGUGGAUCACGCAGCGCCACGUGGCGGGAAACUUCCUCGCUCUGUACCAGAAGUACGACGGAGCUUCAGAACAGUGGCUUAUGUCGCUGAGAGAGGUGGACGUGCACCUUCUGCGCACAGCCAUCCUGCACCGCGAGAUCAUGGAGUGUGAGCUUCAGAAGGUGUUGCGCACCGCGGACCGGGAGCUGGCGUCUACGUGCUGUUGCCUGCACGACAUAUUCGUCAAGGAAGGCAUCGGCUACUGGCUAGCUGAGCACCUGGACCUCAUCUGGAGCGAGUUCGGUAACCAGGUCCAGAAGGGAGUUGUCAACCUGCACAAGGCGCAGGCGUUGGAGUUGUUCAAAGAGUGCUUAAAGUCGCUUACUCUUACGCACGAUAUUCCCGAGAGCGAAUCCCUGAGGUUCUUGGACCUGAGGCUUUUCGAGUAG